GGGAAGCAUCAGUUCAACUACAGGUGGAGGUGUUUGCCUGAGGAAGUGUAUGCAACUCCAACUGCCCAGGUGCAAAGGAAGGAAGGCCAAGGGAGUGCCGGAGAAUGAGGAAGUUACAGUCCCUCUCUCACAACACAAUCUGCUCUGGCCAAAUAGAGGGGCCUUUUCUCCCCACCAUGAGGUACUGGCUGCAGUGUCCCACCUGCCCAGCUACCUCCAAAUGGUCCUGGGCCAGGGUCUGAUUUACGCAUAGGUUAAGUACACUACAGUUUAGGGCUUCAGGUGAUGAAGGCCUCCAGAUACAAAAAAGGGACUAGUUUGUUUUCAUUUGACUUCUCUGUACUGAUAUCUACGCAAAAACAAAACAUGUAUUUCUCUCUUUUGCCUUCAUGAUCUGUUAGACUAAUAUACUUUUGGGGGAAGGGGUAGAACAAUGGGGCCUCUCAAACUUGGCAGAGCUGAGGGCAUCAGAAGGUCUUAAUGUGGUUCCCCACACCCACCAGUUUUUCUCCUGCCUGGGGGGAAAAUCCACAUCAUCCAGGACUUUAAGCAUUUGCAUUUUAUUAUGCUGCCUUCACUUAUCCUCUUAUUCCUUUUGAUGCACCACCACACAUUCUGUGGGGUGCUGAGUGUUGAGGUGGGCAUCAGUCAAGCCACUCCUCAGUCUGAUGCACCUCUAGAACCCCAUGGGUGUGAGGGCAGCUGGUCUGGGUCGCUGAGGCGAGGGCAGGGGGCUUUCUGGCUAAGAGGCAGCGAACUCAGCAACCAUCACCUGCCCCAGUGGCUUCUGGCUAUGGCGCUUGUUAGCCAGCGAUGUCACCCCCGCCCCCCAAUGACUGGCACGGCAGCAGAAAGGAUCAUGUAGGGUCUGAGAGGCCGAGCCGCCCUGUUGCCUCCAACGCCCUCUGGGCAGCAGCGGGACCCUCCAUCUCCUGGCCUGAAAGCCCCCUGCGCCCCGGGCCUCACCUCGGAGGUCCUCCCAGCCGUCAGCCGCAAAGAGCGCUGCAAAGCCGCCUCUUUCUCCUCCCAGCAAGCGCUCCAGCCGCUGGUAAAAGGAUCGCUCCUGAAGCUGGGGCGGGGGCUCCUGGAUGGUUGUGUGGGGCAGCAGGAAAUGGACCCUCCGUCCAAGGUGCGGGCCGCCUCCCUCCAGCAGCACCGGCCCGAGGCUGGCGCCCGCCCCCUCGCCUUCCUCCUCUUCCUCGCCCUGAAACAUCUUGACCAAGAACAUGGUGGGCAGCUCCUCCGUCCUCGGAAGGGGCUUCCCGGGGCGAGGGGCUUUGCCUGCAGCCGCGCAUCAGGAUCUCGAGGGAUUUGCUUCCCCGCCUUGCAUGCGACGGUCGGAGCAGGCCGGCAGCGGCAGAAGCAAGAGACCGCUUAGUCGUCUCUCCUUCCCUCAGUCUACACUGAGCGCCUGUAAUUCAAUUAUAGAGUAAGCCCCCCCUACGCCCCAGCUGCGCUCAGGCUUACUUCCAAGGAGGAUCUGGGCGUCAGGCUGCGGCCGGGUUUAGCAGGGAUCAGCUGGGCCCCCUCCCUUUGGGCUGCCUUAAUAAACCCAAGUAAUGUAAAUGCCUUCGCGUCUAUAACAGAAGAGGGAGGCAGGGACCAGCAACCCGCUGUUCACUCAGACGCGACGGAAAAGGGGUUUUCCUCUUAUACUACGCAAGGCCCCAAAGACUUGCGCCAAGAGGGAAUACUUCUCGUGGAUGAAUGGGUUCCCCCCGAUCUCCUGACAGGCUAGAUUCUGAGAAUACUCAGUUGGCUUCGCCCUCCAUCCAAUUCUCUCAUGUAUGAACAGACCACCCAGAAGCAGAAGUGCCAACCUCAAAACUUUGGGGGAGCAGGUAAGCCCCGCUCGCAUAAUCGAUCACAUGAUGCGGUGCAUACACACUACUUGAAUAGCAGUGCCCAUCAACUGUGGGGGGGGCGGCCCCCGCAAAAAAUAAUAGGGGGGGCUGGACACCCCUCGGCGCCUAGUAGUAUGCCCAGAAGUAAACGUCUAUCAAAGUCUUCUGGGUGAGGGAAGCCGCUCAACCGAAGAGGCGCAUCCAACAGUCUUAGCGGUUCUUAGGGGAUACUGCCCCGCCCCAGAUUAUUGCCCACUGACCUGCGGGGCUCUAAGAGGCUUAGUGGAGAAUCCCAAGAAGCACGUGGCCACGCUGCACGUGGCCAAGCGUCCGGGGUCGGCUGCCUGCCCCUGGGGGCUUUGUAGUAGAUGUGAGGCCCGCGGCCCAAAGGGAGGCCCAGCCUCGGGAUCUCCGGUCUGGGGGACCGGGGACAAUGGGCAGAAGCAUAGCUGUCAAGUUUUCCCUUUUCUCGCGAGGAAGCCUAUUCAGCAUAAGGGAAUUUCCCUUUAAAAAAAGGGAGAACUUGACAGCUAUGAGCAGAAGUUCCCCUGAAGACCUGGAUAAUGGACCGGCCGUGCUUCUUCGGGGCAAACUGUUGAGGGGCUUCUGGACGGGACAGCAGACUAAAGCUCAGAGGUCUCUUCUUGCUCCGGGCCUUUCCCAUGCCCCAAACAGAGGCAGGUCUGGCCAGGCAUCCCUGGCUGGGCACGCGCACCGGUUCGUGGAGCAGCAGCGGCUACCGAGCAAGGAGCAGCGGCCCCGCCCCGCCCUGCUGUCGAGCCCAAGUCCCGCCCAGGCGCCGCCGCCGCCACAGCCGCUCACUCCAGCGAUGCCGCGGCGGGCGACGGAGCGCCUUUCCUACCGCCCCGGUUCGCGGGGCGCCCGCCUCAGCCUCUUCCACGUGAAACUGACUGACUCGGCCCUCCAGGCCUUAGUCGCCUACCAGCGGUGUCAGGUAACGGGCUGGGCUGGAGGCAAUUGCCGCACGGCCAGUCACUUGGCGGGAGGGCUAGUCUCACUGUCCGCUUUUUUUCUGCAGGUGGCGGCGCCUCGACCCGUGAUCGCCUUCCAGGGUAGCCAAGGGUAUCUGAAGGUGCCCUGCAGUGCCACUGCCGGCUGUCGUGACCCACGGACUUUCCGCUUCACCUUCUACCUCUCACGCUAUACGAAGGAGCAGCCGCAGGCCAGCUUCGAUUGCGUCCGCCAGGCCAGUACCAGGUGGCUGGAGGGCAGAGGAGCUAUCCAAGAGAAGAUCACCAUCUGUGCCAUGGUUGUGGAGGCCUCCAAGUCCAGAUGGGGGGUAGAGAGGCUGGCCUGCCGUAGGGCAGCAGCUGCAUUCCCAAACCCAGAGACUGGCACCCUCCUCCCAAGGAGAGCAGCCUCAGAGAGCCCCAGUGGGAAAGGCAAAGGAAGCAGUCCCCCCACCAAUGAGCCCCCAUGGCCACCAGUGCAGGUGCUGGAAGGAAGAGACCAGAGGGCUAAGAAGCUGUUGGGCUUGUUGGAGAGGCCACAGCUGCAAGCUGAGGUAGGUCUGGGAGAGGCCACUGGGCUUCCUUGCCUUGCUGGAGCCUCCCUCACCACCCUUUACCCCACAGAUGGGGCAGCUGAGCCCCCCAGAAAGAAGUUACAGCUUGAAAGAAGACUGUCUGCAACCUAGAAAGGAGGCCUGGACAGGUGCUCUGCAGCAGCACCAGGAAGCAUCUGAGCACUUGCGCAGGUAGAGCAAUGAG